AUGACCUUCACGCGGCUCGAGACUCAGUUCAUCUCGGUGGAGCGAGUGGCGGAAUUCUGCCGGCUCGAGGAGGAGGAGGAAGUCACUUCCUGCAGCCAUGGUAAGAGAAGUGGCAGGAGGGCGGGGGAGGAGAUUGUUGAACCACCUCGUCCUCCUGCCUCUCACCCUCACGGCGAACAAGGAGGCGGAGCGAGGAGGAGAGGAGAAAUCGUCUUUGACAACGUCUCCUUGCGUUACGAGUUUGACAAGCCAAGAGUUCUCCGCGGCCUCAACCUGCGCGUGCGAGCUGGGACGAAGGUUGCGCUAUGUGGGAGGACAGGAUGUGGCAAGAGCUCGUUGUUUGCUGCUCUCUGUCGCCUCUACCCCAUCAGCAGCGGCACAAUCAGCAUCGACGGGGCUGAUAUCGCAACAUGGCCUCUGAAAAAGCUUCGAUCGUCCAUGAAAGUAGUCGCACAAGACGCACUUCUCCUCGAAGGAAGUCUCCUUGACAACCUCACCUCCUUCACGGGGAGCGAUUCCCCUGACCUUCGCAGAGACAUCUGGCGCGUGCUGGAGCAUGUGGGGCUGAAGGAGAAGAUUGACAGGCUGCCAGGAGGGCUGGACGCGAACAUCAGGCAGGACGACUUCAGCGAGGGGGAGCGUCAGCUACUCUCUCUCUCCCGCGCUCUCAUCAGCACCAAGUCCAACAGCACGGAAACUCCGCUCAUCCUCCUGUGCGACGAGCCGACGAGCAACGUUGACUACGCUAACGACGAGAGAGUCCACAGGGUGAUAUUGGAACUUCCAUGCACAGUCAUUAUGAUCUGCCAUCGCCUCCAGUACAUCGCCUCCUUCGACCAAGUCGUCGUGCUCGAGGACGGCUCUGUGCUCGAGCAGGGAAGUCCGUCCGAGCUACUUGCGGAACAAGGUCAGGAGAUCUCUUGCGGCCCGAUGGCCUGA